CUUUCCGACGCCUCGGUAGUCGAAUCAGGACACCACCUGUCAGACUUCGCGCGAUACGUACGGGACAACACCCGCUCACCACUUCCCUCGAGCGCCUGGCUAGGCCGUCCAGCCAGAUGCUGUCGCUAUGGAUGGCUACUACUCUCCCCAUCAGCAGCAGCAACCACCUCAGCAGUUCCAACAACCUCGAAUGCAGCAGAACCAGCAGAACCACAUGCAGCACAAUAUGAACGACCCAACCUUCUAUCAGGGAGGAGAUUCCCUCGACGAUAUUGUGCGCGAUAACCAAGACAAGCUAUACCGCCGACAGAGCAUGCCCCAAGCCUUCACUACCCCUAUGGGUCAGUUCCAGGUGAAUCAGCAGCAGCAGCAGCAGCAAGGGCAAAGGCGGAUGUCUUCAGUCGGCAACGGUGACAUGAUGACCUUCGGAACCGAUAACGCCGACCUCAACUCGUACCAAUUUAACCAACCACCCAUGGGAGGGGGAUUUCCCACCAUUAAUACCUCCAUCGGCAUGGACCAAAUGGGCAAUUAUAUGACAUCCGACUCUAAUGACUAUUCGACCAUAUCCCCUGAUAUGAUGAGUUCUAUGAUGCCCUCUACCUUUGCUAGUAUGAGCGUUGGAGCACAGAUGGCCGGCAACGCCUCAUCAAUGAACCUCUACUCACCGUCCAUGAGCCAGUUCCCCCAAGGCCAACUGACCCCUCAAGUUCCGGUUGGUAACGACUUCUCCAUGGAUCUUUCUCCAGAUGCCGGCUCUAUGAAUAUAAACCAAUCCAACCCUCCCACGACAACCCCGAUACCUGCUCCCACCAACAACGCCAUGGAUACCAUAGAGGAUUCAGGCGACAGUAUGAUGAACCAUCAAACUUUCAACAACAUGAAUGCUGGAGAUAGCAACCAAAACUUACCUGCACUUUCUCGCCAAGUCUCAAUUGCCUCCGGUUCUGUUGUUUCACCUCCACAGCAACACUCACACGGAGCCAUGUCCUCUUCAACCGUUACUCAUCCGACCAGCACUUCAGUUGCUACGACCCCAUCAACUGGCGAUGCCCCGAGGGACUCAAAGGAAAAGACGAUAUACUCAAAGAGUGGAUUUGAUAUGCUCAAGGCUCUGUGGUUAGUCGCUACCCGUAAGAACCCGCGCAUACAACUCGGCGCUGUCGACAUGUCCUGCGCCUUUGUCGUCUGCGAUGUCUCCAUGAACGAUUGCCCUAUUAUAUACGUUUCCGACAACUUCCAAAACCUUACCGGUUAUAGUCGUCAUGAGAUUGUCGGCCAGAACUGCCGCUUUCUGCAGGCCCCAGAUGGCAAAGUCGAGGCGGGCUCCAAGCGGGAGUUCGUUGAUGAUGGAGCCGUCUACAAUUUAAAGAAGAUGGUUCACGAAGGCAGGGAGGUUCAACAGAGUCUUAUUAAUUAUCGAAAGGGUGGAAAGCCUUUCCUCAACCUUCUUACUAUGAUCCCCAUCCCGUGGGACACUGAUGAAAUCAGAUACUUCAUUGGCUUCCAGAUCGACCUUGUUGAAUGCCCCGACGCGAUCGCAUCGAAUCAAGACCUCGGUGGUGUAAAGGUGAACUACAAACACAGCGAUAUUGGCCAAUACAUCUGGACACCACCGCAAUCCAGCCAGUGGGAGCCCGAUAACGGCCAGACGUUAGGCGUUGACGAUGUUUCCACCCUGUUGCAGCAGUUCAGCCCCAAGGGUCUCUCCUCUGACUGGCACAAGCAAUCAUGGGAUAAGAUGCUCCUCGAGAAUACCGACGAUGUGGUUCACGUUCUCUCGCUCAAGGGUCUCUUCCUAUAUCUCUCUCCGUCUUGCAAGAAGGUCCUAGAGUAUGAGGCUGCGGAUUUGGUUGGCAACUCACUUUCAACAGUAUGCCAUCCAUCUGAUAUCGUUCCUGUUACACGCGAGUUGAAGGACACAACAACCGGAAACCCUGUCAACAUUGUAUUCCGAAUACGCAGAAAGCACAGUGGUUACACUUGGUUCGAAAGCCAUGGUUCACUGUUUGUCGAACAAGGAAAGGGUCGAAAGUGCAUUAUUUUGGUAGGCCGCAAGCGACCAGUGUUUGCUCUAAGUCGCCGCAAUCUUGAAGCGAAUGGUGGUAUUGGUGACAGCGAACUCUGGACGAAGCUCUCGACAUCGGGUCUGUUCUUAUACGUCUCUUCGAAUAUCCGAUCUCUCCUCGACCUUCAGCCUGAUAGCCUGGUAGGAACCAGUAUACAGGAUCUUAUGCGAAAAGAAUCACGGCCUGAGUUUGGGCGAACGCUGGAAAAGGCGAGGCGUGGAAAAAUUGUCACAUGCAAACACGAGGUCCAGAACCGUAGGGGCCAAGUGUUGCAAGCCCAGACGACUUUGUACCCGGGUGACGCCUCUGAGGGCCAAAAGCCAUCGUUCUUGCUUGCCCAGACGAAGCUUCUCAAGGCAUCAUCACGUAACUUGGCUCCCGCUAGCACCGGUUCCAGAUCUCUCGCCGCAACCCCGAGAUCCAGUAACGGCACCGAAAACCAUGCCACGGGCCAUAUUUCACAGCCUGCCGGUGGUGCGUUAGCCCCCGGUAGCCAAGACGCUGCUUUGGCCUCAGAGGACAACAUUUUUGAUGAAUUGAGAACGACGAAAUGCUCUAGCUGGCAAUUCGAGUUGCGGCAGAUGGAAAAGGUUAACCGUAUUCUUGCUGAGGAACUUGGCGGCCUGCUGUCCAGCAAGAAAAAGCGUAAGCGAAGAAAGGGCGUGGGCAAUGUCGUGCGAGACUGCGCCAACUGCCACACGAGAAACACGCCCGAAUGGCGAAGAGGACCCAGUGGUCAAAGGGAUCUUUGUAACAGCUGUGGUCUCCGGUGGGCCAAACAAACUGGUCGGGUUUCUCCACGCAAUUCUUCACGCGGGGCUAACACAGCAAAUGGCGAUGCUCGAAGCAAGAAGUCCAACUCUCCCUCGUCACCACUGCAUAAAGAAUUGUCAGCCGACAACUCCAAAGCGCAAACACCUAAGGGUGAGAGCGGCAUAAACCCAGCCCAACUCACGAAGCAAAAGAUAGAAAAUGGAACAUCAGCACCCAGCGGUGCCCCUUCAGCAACAGGGGUCAAAUCAUCGGCCGGAAUGCCACCACUAAGCCAUUCAUCGAUGUUGGGCGUCGGGCAGGCCUCGUCGAUGGCUUCGAUCCGAGAAGAACGCGAGACGAGCCAGCCUUGAGCAACAAGCAUAAUGCAUUUCCCUCUCUUGAUGUUUUCGAUCCUCGAUGUUGCAACUUGGUAAAGGAUCUACGGAGCGUGGUGUCUUGAUUAAACGGCAUUUGUGAUACCCGCCACUUU